GGAAAGCGUGGAAGGAUAGACUACAGCAAAGGAUCUCAAAGUCCACACCGAUGUGAGCGUAAUAGUACACGUACUUGUCAAAAGAGCGUUUAGAAAAGCUCUAUAUCAUCCAAAUCAUCGAAUAUCCAUGUGGACUUUUUGCCUGCUUUUAUAUAUAUAUAUAUAUAUAUAUAUAUAUAUAUUUAUCCAUGUGCGCGGGGGCUCCUCAAUCUCUACGACUCUACCACCGAAUCAAACAUAUCUGAGUCCUUCCCUCUAUCUUUCCUACUUCGUAGAAUCUGUUAGUUUUCGAUUUGUUUGCAAGAAUUUAUUGAAUUUCUUCGACUAGAAUUAAAAAAAAAAACAAAAGAAAAUGGAAGGAGUGGAUAUCCUGCCUCACGAGAGGAGCAAGAAGCAGUUCGAUGUGGAUGCCAUGAAGAUCGUGUGGGCUGGUUCUCGCCAGGCGUUUGAAGUCUCAGAUCGCAUGGCUCGUCUUGUGGCCUCCGAUCCGGCAUUUCAAAAGGAUAACAGGAGUCGGUUAGGGAGGAAAGAAUUGUUCAAAAACACUCUGAGGAAAGCAACUUAUGCAUGGAAACGUAUCAUUGAGCUUCGCCUUACUGAAGAAGAGGCUGGUAGGCUAAGGUUUUUCGUGGAUGAGCCUGCUUUUACUGAUCUUCAUUGGGGAAUGUUUGUACCUGCUAUUAAAGGACAAGGCACUGAAGAGCAGCAACAGAAGUGGUUGCCAUUGGCAUAUAAGAUGCAGAUAAUUGGCUGCUAUGCACAAACUGAACUUGGUCAUGGAUCCAAUGUUCAAGGGCUUGAAACAACUGCAACCUUUGAUCCUGACAAGGAUGAGUUUGUCAUUCAUAGUCCUACAUUGACAUCAAGCAAAUGGUGGCCUGGAGGACUGGGUAAAGUUUCCACACACGCUGUUGUUUAUGCACGCCUUAUAACCAAUGGUGAAGAACAUGGAGUGCAUGGUUUUAUUGUCCAGCUUAGGAGCCUGGACGAUCACAUGCCUCUUCCAGGCAUAACCAUUGGUGAUAUUGGAAUGAAAUUUGGAAACGGGGCAUAUAACACCAUGGAUAAUGGUGUUUUGACAUUUGAUCAUGUUCGCAUCCCAAGGAACCAGAUGUUGAUGAGAGUCUUUCAGGUUACCAGGGAAGGGAAAUGUGUGCAAUCCAAUGUUCCACGGCAGUUGAUUUAUGGCACUAUGGUGUUCGUGCGACAAACAAUUGUAGCUGAUGCGUCCUCUGCUUUGUCUCGGGCAGUUUGUAUUGCUACAAGGUAUAGCGCUGUUCGCAGACAGUUUGGUUCACAGGAUGGAGUGGAGACCCAGGUGAUUGAUUACAAAACCCAGCAAAAUAGACUCUUUCCUUUGCUGGCUUCUGCCUAUGCAUUCAGAUUUGUUGGUGAAUGGCUGAAAUGGCUUUAUACGGAUGUGACCCAGAGGUUGCAAGCUAAUGAUUUUUCUACAUUACCUGAGGCUCAUGCAUGUACCGCAGGCUUGAAGUCUUUGACUACCACUGCCACUGCUGAUGCUAUUGAAGAAUGUAGGAAACUGUGUGGUGGCCAUGGUUAUCUUUGUGCCAGUGGGCUUCCUGAAUUGUUUGCAGUAUAUGUCCCUGCCUGUACAUAUGAAGGAGACAAUGUUGUUCUCCUUUUACAGGUUGCAAGGUUUCUCGUGAAGACUGUUUCUCAGCUUGGUUCUGGAAAAGAGCCUAUUGGAACAACAGCUUAUUUGGGACGAGUCCAGGAUCUUAUGCAGUGUCACUGUGAAGUUCAAACAGCUGAGGAUUGGUUAAAGCCUAGUGUAAUGCUGGAGGCAUUUGAAGCCAGGUCUGCCAGGAUGUGCGUUGCCCGUGCUCAAAAUCUUAGCAAAUUUGCAAAUCCUGAAGAUGGUUUUGCUGAACUCUCUGCUGAUCUAGUUGAGGCUGCGGUUGCUCAUUGCCAAUUAAUUGUUGUUUCCAAGUUCUUUGACAAAUUGCAGCAAGAUAUACCUGGAAAUGGGGUGAAACAACAGUUGCAGAAUCUCUGCUACAUCUAUGCUUUAAACCUUCUUCACAAACAUCUGGGUGAUUUCCUCUCUACUGGCUGCAUUACCCCCAAGCAAGCUUCACUCGCAAAUGAUCAGCUGAGAUCUUUAUAUUCCCAGGUCCGACCCAAUGCAAUUGCACUUGUCGAUGCAUUUAAUUACACUGAUCACUACCUUGGGUCGGUUCUCGGCCGCUAUGAUGGAAAUGUGUAUCCCAAACUUUAUGAAGAAGCAUGGAAGGAUCCUCUGAAUGACUCUGUUUUGCCUGAUGGCUACAAUGAGUAUAUCCGCCCUAUGCUGAAGCAACAGCUCCACAACGCAAGACUCUGAAGAGCACGAUGCUGUGCUGUUGGCUCCAUGUGCUUUGAUGUUGUGAAUAAUAAAAGGUAAUAAGGUUACCUAGACCAUAACCACCAGGAAGUUAAAAGGUUGAGCUUUAGUUUCUUAGAAGCUUUUGUAUCUGUACCAUCCAAACUGAAAACCUGGUUGAUAUAAUUGUUUUUUUUUUUUCCUCGGCUCCCAGUUGUGGCAAAUGAGCCGUGGAUAAUAUCGUCUUUCACUACGUCACAUAAUUUUUCCUGUUCGUCUUUCACUAUAUCACAUAAUUUUUCCUGUCAUUUCUAUGAAAUAUUAGUUUCUCGAUUCAUCACUCCCCCUCAGAAAAGUAAUAAAUUUUGAUUUCCCUUUUGGAACUUUGUAAA